UAAGCAGACAUUAUACAUAUAUAUUUCCAGGUUGCCAUCAUGCCACGAGGAAAAUUCGUUAACCACAAAGGCCGUAGCCGUCAUUUUACUUCUCCGGAGGAACUGCAACAGGAAUCAGAGGAGGAUAGCGAUCAGUCAAGUAGCGGUAGUGGGAGCGAUGAAGAUGAUGAUGGUAAAGCAGCUGCCUCAACAUCCAAACCGAAAGCCAAGCCAAAACCCGCCGCUAGCAGGUCAACAGCCGCUCAAAGACAAAAGCAACGCGGCGCCGGAGACGAUUCAUCGGAAUCUGAGGAUAACGAAUCCGAAGAUGACUCUGAGGCUGAAGCACGUGAUGCCAAGAAGGGUGUGGCAUCUCUCAUCGAAAUCGAGAAUCCCAAUCGUGUGACCAAGAAGGCCACUCAAAAAUUGUCGCAAAUCAAAAUCGACGACUCUGGUCCGGGUGCCUCGGGUAGCAAUAAGCCGGAACUGUCUCGCCGCGAACGCGAACAAAUCGAAAAGCAAAAGGCUCGUCAACGCUAUGAAAAGCUUCAUGCCGCUGGCAAAACCACCGAGGCUAAAGCAGACUUGGCCCGUCUGGCUCUCAUUCGCCAGCAGCGUGAGGAGGCGGCCGCUAAGCGAGAAGCCGAAAAGAAGGCAAACGAAACGUCCAAAAAGCCGGCAAAGUAGUAGCCCGCAAACCUGCAAACAGGGACGUAUGGCAAUUAGAAAUAAGAUCCAAAACAUAAAAGAAUUAACUAGAGAGCAUCGGAUCGGAUUGGUUUAUAAAAUAAAAAAUAUACGUUUCAACUGUUCUACAAUCCACUGAGCAGGCGAAUACAUCUAUCAAAAAAUUUAUCCAUUUUAACAUUUUUUUUUUUUU